CACGCGCGAAAUUUGAAAUCGCCUAUGUGUUUCCGCGCUCACCAGCUGUGCCUUUUCCAACGACCACGUUAUAAGAUGUAAAUUUAAACGAAUUUACAAGAUGCGCACUAAUUAUGCAAGAAAAUCGCAUUGGAUGGAAGGUUAUUCUUCGAGAGAAGCUGGGAAGCAUGAGCAUACCUUUUCUAAUUACCUCAAUUAUUCGUUCGCUCUUAGGCAAAAUGGAUGAACUAACAAGCACCAUCAACUCCCGAGAAUAUUCGCAGUUAUGCAUUAUUUUACUACAGGAGACAUGGCUUCACGGGCAGGUGGAUGACGCAUUUGUAUCGAGAAGAAGGGUUCAAUGUCAUCGAGACGACCGUCCUUGCAACCCCCGUCACCGUGGCAGUCUACUCACCAUCUCCACCAACAUUUCUUGAUGCGUAUUCACGAAAAUUUUGUUUUGCUUCUCUUCUAAACGAAUUAACUGAUUAGUUCUGAGAGGUAAUCCGUGAUGUACUAGUGGGUACCGCUCAAUCUUACUGGCUAACAUCUAUAUUUCCCCCAACUGUCCGAAAUCUGAAGCAGAGACAUUUUA